AAGCAAACGAAAACUACGUAAGCUGAAGAUCUGAAUCAAAAACAAGUUGCUGGAGAAACUCGGAGUUAAUGUUUCGACUCCAGCGAGCAGGGAGCUGGUUUUCUCUCCGCAGAUGCUGCCAGGUUUGCUUUGGCUUCGCAGCAGUUUUUGUACUUUUGCCAACUGGUCUGCAACCCUGAUCCGCACUCAGCACGCCCCCUCGCCCCAUUCAUUCCUAAUGUUGGGAGGACCAUCCGAACCCCGUUGGUCCUCCAGCCCCGCCCCUCAUUCUCACCGAUUGUUUGAUAACUAGCCUCCCCCCCCCUCCCACCUCGUUUGGACCUCCAGCACCGCCCCCCAACGAUUCAUUCCUAUUGUUUGGAGGACCAGUCUGUCCCGGUUGGUCACCCAGCCCCGCCCCACACAAUUGUUCGGCGAACCCAGCCACAGCCAAUUGCUCCUCUAGCCUAUCUCCCCAUUCUCUUAUUGGUCCAGGGCCACCGUCAAUCUCGCAACUGCGAUCCGGUGCAUGCGCAAAGCUGCCGCUGGGACCAGGAAAUCCUGGUGACUGGACAGUGCUGGGCUGUGAGUGGAGCAUGCUCAGUGCGGGACAUGUUGGAGUCAGUUGAGGAAUGGGAAGUGCAAGCACGAGUUCCAGUUUUUCGCAGUGUUACCACGCGGAUGAUGACCAUUUGGUCCGUUGUGCCUUCAUCUGCUCUCCAGGUCUUGCCACAAAUGAACACUGGCUUCUUAAAUAUCUGAGGAGUUACAGUCGGCACUGAGUAUUGCGCAGUCACCGGCGAACAUUCCCAACGCUGACCUUAUGAUGGAAUGGAAGUCAUCGCUGAAGUAGCUGAAGAAGCCUGGUUCUUGUGUGGACCCAGAUCUAUUGACAGGGUUGCCUUCAUGAUGGACAUUAGUGAACUAGCUAGCUUUUUAUGACAAUCCAGCAUCUUCCGUGGUCUAGGGGUAUGAGAAGGAGUGGAUUUGUAGUCAUGAAACACACCAAACGUCCCGUCAGGAUUGGAUGGAGCAGCUCAAUUCAUUGCAACCUGAAUAUCAUCGGAUUUUGAACAUGGAAGGAAUCAGUACUGAUCAGAGUGGGGAGAAACCGUGCACGUGUCUUGUGUGUGGACAAGGUUUCAGCCAGUCAUCUGACCUGACAGAACAUAAGUGCAGUCACAGUAGGCAGAAACCAUGGAAAUGUGGGGAUUGUGGGAAGGGAUUUAGUUAUCCAUCAGAGCUGGAAAUCCAUCGACGCAGUCACACUGGGGAGAGGCCAUUCACCUGCCCCAAGUGCGAGAAGGGAUUCAUCACCUCAUCGCACUUGGUGGCGCACCAGCGGGUUCACACUGGGGAAAGGCCGUUCACGUGCUCCAAGUGCGGGAAGGGAUUCACCACCUCAUCGCACUUGGUGACGCACCAGCGGGUUCACACUGGGGAAAGGCCGUUCACCUGCUCUGAGAGUGGGAAGAGCUUCACUCAGUCGUCCCAACGACUGAUGCACCGGGGAAUUCACACCAGGGAGAAGCUGUUCACCUGCUCGAGUUGUGAGAAGAAAUUCACUCAGUUGCACAAAUUGUUGACACAUCAGCGAGUUCACACUGGGGCGAAGCCUUUCAGCUGCUCCAUGUGUGGGAAAGAGUUUGCUCAGUCAUCCAACUUGUCGAGACACCAGCAACUUCACACAGAUGAUAGAUCUUUUAAAUGCAUGGACUGCGGGAAGUGCUGUAAAAGUUCCGGGGAACUAAUGUCCCAUCAACGAGCUCACACAGACAAGGCAUUGUUGAAGUGCUCUUGCUGUGGGGCUGGUUUCAGGGGAUCAUCUCAGCUCACUUUACACCAGCGAGUUCACACUGGGGAGAAGCCUUUUUCCUGCUCUGAUUGCGGGAAGGAAUUCAGUCGGUCAUCCUACCUGUUGACACACCAGCGGAUGCACACCGGUGAGAGGCCGUUCACCUGCUCGGAGUGUGGGAAAGGGUUUACUCGGUCAUCCCAGUUAAUGGCCCAUCAGCGGGUUCACACUAGGGAGAGGCCAUUCACCUGCUUGGAGUGUGGGAAGGGAUUCACUUGUUCAUCCCAUCUGCUGACACACCAGCGGGUUCACACCAGGGAGAAGCCAUUCACCUGCUCCAAGUGUGGGAAGGGGUUUGCUCGCUUAUCCAACCUGCUGACCCACCAGCGGGUUCACACUGGAGAGAGGCCGUUCUCCUGCUCAGAGUGCGGGAAGGAAUUCACUGAUUCGUCCCAACUGCGCGCACACCAGCGAGUGCACACUGGGGAGAGGCCGUUCUCCUGCUCCGAGUGUGGGAAGGGAUUCAUUCAGUCGUCCCAACUAAGGGCACAUCAGUGUACUCACACUGGAGAGAGGCCAUUCACAUGUUGCGAGUGCGGGAAGGGAUUCACUUGUUCAUCCCAUCUGCUGACACACCAGCGGGUUCACACCAGGGAGAAGCCAUUCACCUGCUCCAAGUGUGGGAAGGGGUUUGCUUGCUUCUCCAACCUGCUGACCCACCAGCGGGUUCACACUGGAGAGAGGCCGUUCUCCUGCUCAGAGUGUGGGAAGGAAUUCACUCAGUCGUCCAACCUGCUGAGACACCAGCGACUGCACACUGGGGAGAGGCCGUUCUCCUGCUCCGAGUGUGGGAAGGAAUUCAGUGAUUCAUCCCAACUGCGCCCACACCAGCGAGUGCACACUGGGGAGAGGCCGUUCUCCUGUUCCGAGUGUGGGAAGGGAUUCAUUCAGUCAUCCCAACUAAGGGCACACCAGUGUACUCACACUGGAGAGAGGCCAUUCACAUGUUGCAAGUGCGGGAAGGGAUUUACUCAGUCUUCCAGCAUGAUGAGACACCAGCGGAUCCACACUGACGAGAGACCUUUCAAGUGUUCUGACUGUGGGGAGUGCUAUAAAAGUUCUGGGGAACUGAUGACCCAUCAAUAUGUUCACACUGGCGAGAGACCCUAUAGCUGCUGUCAGUGUGGGAGGGGGUUCAGACGAUCAUCUCAACUCACUGUACACCAGCGAAUUCACACUGGGGAGAAGCUGUUCUCCUGCUCUGAGUGUGGGAAGGAAUUUCUUCGGUCUUUCCAACUGGUGAUACACCAACGAGUUCAUACUGGGGAGAGGCCCUUCACCUGCUUGGAGUGUGGGAAGGGAUUCACUUGCCCAUCCCAUCUGCUAAUUCAUCAAAGAAUUCACACUGGCGAGAGACCGUUCAUCUGCCCCAAGUGUGGGAAGGGGUUUGGUCACUCAUCCAGCCUGGCGAGACACCAGCGAGUGCACACUGACGAGAGGCCUUUUGAAUGUUCAGAUUGCGGGAAGUGCUUUAAGAGUUGCGGGGAACUAAGGGUCCAUCAACGUGUUCACACGGGUGAGAGACCGUUCAGGUGCUCUCACUGCAAGGUUGGAUUCAGAAGGUUAUCGAACCUCAUUGUGCACCAGCGAGUUCACACUGAGGACAGCCAGUCCCAGCCUCAGUGUGUGGAAAGAGAUUCAAUCAGGCAUCCACCCUCCUGAGCCACUAGUGAGUGCAUACCGGGGUCGUGCUGCACCCCUGCUCUGAGUGUGGGAAAGACGGUUUCUUACUCAUCAAGCUUACAUUAGCAAGUCCAGGACAAUUUUGUUGUGGCGUCAUGAUCAGGACGGAACUAUUUCCAUUGUGGUCCUGAAUUGCAGUGCUGUGUUUGGAGUCAGUAUUGUGGAUAAAAGUAAAACAAAAAACAGCUUGGUGUGCUAUAUA